CUUUUCUGAAAGAGUAAUAUGAAUCAAGCUGAAAGCAAAGACUUUUUCAAUUCCUACAAAUUUGACGAUCUGUCUAAAAUCAAAAGCCUAAGGAUUCCAAGUCAAGGUCGAAAUAGCCUGCAUAAAUAGUAGCAAGAUGGUUUUUGGAGAAUUCAUCACCCCUGGAAUAAGAGUUGUCAAGAGAGAGCGAAAUGAUAGUAGUUCAAGCUUUAGGUCGAGUGUGAGUAAGAGCAAAUCUUCUCCAAGGUUGGAAUCACCAAAGUCUCAGUCUCCUAGUGAUAAAAAUAAGAAAAACCAGCUAGCUUCAACUCUCUCUUCAGAUUUCGAAAGGGAGGACGAAGUGGACUUGAAUCUACUCCCCACCAGUCUAAACCUGACUUCCAAAAAGGGUUGAAAAAGUUCCCUGCCAAAGUCGCCCAAGACAUAUAAAAAUUCCGCUGAAACCUCGCUACAGAAAUGCAAGUCAAAAUAAAAAGCCGAUCAAGAAGAUCUGCCGCAACAAGCUGUUCAAGAAGGAAGGGGCCGCUAACGCUAAAAAUGUUAUUGAGAAAUUUCUUCUUCAAAAGAAAAGGAUCAGCAGCUCUUCAAAGCUGAUUCUCCUGAACUCAAAGAAGAAAGUUCUGAAGAAGACUGCUGGCGGGUUCAUGAUCAGGCAAAACCGGACAGCCUUAUCGACGAAGAAGAUUCCUCAGAAGAGGACCAAGCAGGCAGAGAAGUAUUAUAAGAGGAGCAAGUCUAAGAUCGAGACCAAGCCGGCCAGGAUUUACGAGGAGAAUACCUUUGAAGAACUUGUGAACAAAAGGAAAAGUCAUAUGGGCAGUAGCCACUUUAUGAGGUCUACCACAACGAUAGAAAGUGAGAGGAACAACCUCUCAAAUUCCCCAAGAGAGAGCUUAACAAACCCUAAAAGCGGAGAUUUCAAGAGAAGAUCCACACUUCCAUUGAAAGCUUUCGAUAAUCUCAUUGAGCAGCAUCCGAUUAGCUCAAGGAAGGAUUUUGAAGAAGCUGUCACCUGCGUUUUUGAAAAAGAUAUUGCCAAUAAAUCUCUUGGCAGGAAGAGCAGAGUUAAUGAGGAUAUUUUACUUGACAAUCAUGCAUUCAAGAGGUCUAAUACUUCCCAUGAAUGCGGUAGUUAAGUCAGACAGUUUAAAUAUUUUGUAUAAGUUUCCAAC